AUGUCCCAGGCAGCAGCCGUCCUCCUAGCCGAGCCACAAGCGCAUCCACCGCAAACGAAUACAGCCCAGUCUGCCGCUAGUUAUCUUUCGUCGGAAUUGGCGGAUCUCGCUUUGCAGGGCGAAGAAGGCAUCAGGAAGUUCCAAAGUGGUGAGCUUCCGGAACAAGACGCACAAUGGUGGCGUUUAGUACCACAAGAGGCUCGGGACGUACUCUCGGAAAAGGAGGUCAAGCGUCAAAAUGUGUUGUUCGAGCUGAUACAUUCGGAAAUGGAGUAUGUGUCGGAUCUGCAGCUCGUGAAGGAUGUCUUCAUAAACCCCAUUAUCGACACGGUGUCUAUCCCUCAGAGUCGAGCCAGGACUUUUAUCAACGAAGUUUUCUUCAAUAUGGAGAAGAUUUUAGCUCAUCACCAACGAAUGCUUGAUAGACUGUUCGAGAGACAGCUCGAGCAGUUCCCUUUGGUUCAAAGUGUCACAGACAUCAUCAUGCACUAUAGUCUCGAGUUCAGCCAGGAAUACGAGACCUACAUUAAGCAUUACCCAAUUGCUGAGAUGCGUCAUCGCUCUGAGCUUAGACGGAAUCAACGUUACCAGGACAUGCUACAGCAGUGCGCACAAGACCCGCGGGUGCGCAAGCGCGACAUCAUCACCUUUCUCUCCCGGCCUGUUACCCGUCUACCGCGAUUAGAGCUCUUGCUCAGGACGAUACUCAAGCACACGGAGCCUGACCACCCCGAUGCAGACGAAAUCCCAGUAGCAUUGACGGUUUAUAGUCAAGUGAUCAAGAGCACGCAACCUGGGAUCCAAGCGGCCGAGGAGAAGGUCAAAUGUUGGACUCUUUGUGAGAGUUUGGUGUACCAGAAAGGGGAGAUUAUCGAUUUGGAUCUUUACGAUGCAACGCGGUCGUUGAUCCAUCAGGGUCCUCUCGCACGACGCUACAGCAAGGAUCUGAAUAUGUACUGGGCAGACUUACAUGUCGCAUUACUGGAUCACUAUCUCCUACUGCUGAAGCCUGACAUCCGACAUUCUGAGCGUGUGUUCUCGAUCGUCAAACAUCAUAUGGUCUCACGACCCAUACCCCUGGAUUACCUCCGUCUCGGCAUGUUCGACGGUUCUCCCGAACAUCGAAAAGAAGUGACCCAUGGAACCGGACUAUUCCGCAAGUACGAGCAUAGGACGGUUUAUCCUCUCACGAUCUACCAUGCGUCGGCCAAGAUGACGAGAAGAUACACCCUUUAUGCGUCUAGCGAAGGUGUACGACAACAGUGGCAUAGUGAGAUUUCGCAUGCUCUGAACAUGCGGAGGAUUCGACAGGAGAAUAAUAUGCUUUUUGCCCCUUCUGUUCUCAGUGACAACUUCUUCAAGCGAGUUGCGAAUACCGCUGUGAAUCUGAGCACGAAUGCCGUCAUACCUAACUUCACUGGGUAUGUCUCCGCCGUGACGAAGUUCUCUUCGGGCUCCCACAGGUUUCUGGCUGUCGCAUGUUCAACAGGCGUGUAUGUCUCGCAGAUAGACAAGGAGCCGUCAUUCCGCAAGGUUCUUACCACCUUAAAUUCGUCAUGUCUCAUAGCGCUACCUGCCGUCAACAAGUUCUUGAUCCUGUCAGAUCAGGGGUUGUUUGCCUACUCGCUGGAACUAGUUGGGCGUGCCGCUCUCGGAUCGGCCACUUCACAGACCCUAGAGGCAUCCAGAGAACGUGUUGCGUCUGAUGCCAUCCUUGUUCGAGCUGGCAGAAUAGGACACCGGCUGGUUGUGCUAUAUACUGCCAAGAGCUUCCUGCAGACAUGUCUGUACGCACUGGAAAUCGUGAACACUGCAGAGGCAAGCCCCAGCUUGAGACGGAGGGGCAGCGGGCUCUUCUCUUUCCGGUCAUUUGGAGAGCCAAUCACGAUUCCGAAAGACACUCACGGCAUAGCCUUUCUCAACCGCCGAAUAGUCGUGUGCUCGGACAAAAGCCUGCUGAUUGCGGACCCUUCAAACCUGACACUCAGCGCUCGGCACACGGCCAUCCCAGACUUCUCCGACGCCGACUCUGCCAACAACCUGCCGAUGGGAACGCUCAAGACGCGCUGUGCCGCCGCCCGCCCGCUGGGCGUCGUCCGCUGCGACAAGUCCGACGAGCUCCUGAUCGUCUACGACGAGAUCGGCUGCUACACGGACAAGUUCGGCGUCCCGUCCCGCUCCUCCGGCUACCUCCGCUGGGAGUCCAAGGCGGCCGCGUACGCGCUCCGCGGCGAGCACCUCCUCCUCUUCUCGCCCGAGUUCGUCGAGGUCCGCACCGUGCGCACCGGCAAGCUCGUCCAGACGAUCGCCGCGGAGGACGUGCGGCGGGUCGACGUCGGCCUGCUCAGCGCGGACCGCGAGCCGACGACGAUCGUCGCCAUGCGCGGCCAGGAGGAGCAGGGGCUCGUCGUCGACGACAUCUGCGAGCUCGUCGAGACCGCGGACCUCAAGGCGACCGGCGCCGCGCAGCCGCCCGAGAUGUGGGACGACUUCGACACGAUGUAG